AAGGUGCAGCCUUUGGGGAAUCAAACCAACAACAAUACAACUUUAACUGGGGACAAUCAUCAGAGCUAUUCAUUGGAGAAGCAGAAGAACCAAACCACACCUGAUUGCAUGCAGACCUCUCACACCAGUUGGAGGAGCACGUUGGUCAGCAAAAUGGCACUUCUCCUGAGCCUUCUCUACACCUUGUGCCUGGUUGGGCAAGUUCUCGGCCAGGACAUGCCUCAUGAGGAAUAUAUAGCCCAGAUUCAAGCCUGCCCUAAAGAGUGUCGCUGCCCCACCAACUUCCCUCGUGCUGUCUACUGUGACAAUAAAGGCCUGAAGAGCAUCCCCAAAAUUCCUCCACACACAUGGUAUCUCUACCUGCAGAACAAUUUAAUUGAAGUUCUGUCAGCAGAUGCCCUGCGUAACGCCACACAGUUGCGCUGGCUAAACCUAAACCGCAACAAAAUCACUAGUGAAGGAGUGGAAGAAGGUGUCCUAAGUUCAAUGUCCCACCUGGCGCACAUCUACAUGGAUGACAACCUAUUGUCCUCUGUGCCAUCUCCCCUUCCAGCAAGCCUGGAGUAUCUACGUCUCUCUCGCAAUCGCAUCUCCAAGAUCCCUACUGGUGUCUUCAUUGGUCUUGAUAAACUUAACCUCUUGGACCUCCAGGCGAACAAGCUCAUGGAUGAUGCUGUGACUGAGGUGAGCCUGAAAGGUCUAAACAACCUGGUACAGAUCAAUCUGGCAAAGAACCAGCUGAAUAGCAUGCCUAAUGGCUUACCACCCACCACUACCCAGCUUUUCCUUGAUGGCAACAACAUUGAGAAGAUACCAGCCGGCUACUUCAAAGGUUUACCAAAAGUGGCAUUUCUAAGGCUCAACAACAACAAGCUUGACAGCAGUGGAGUUCCCAGAAAUGUGUUUAAUGUCUCCAGCAUUUUGGAUUUGCAGCUGUCCCACAACCAACUGACUGAGGUUCCCUUCAUUCCCUCAGGCCUUGAACACCUUCACCUCGACCACAACAAUAUCAAAAGUGUAAGUGGCGCCAAUGUCUGUCCUGUCGCCGUCGAAACUGUGGACGACUCCAUCGACGAAAGUGUUCCUCGACUGCGCUACCUCAGACUGGAUGGCAAUGAUAUUAAGCCACCAAUUCCCAGGGAUGUCAUUCUGUGCUUCCGUCUCCUGAGGUCCAUUGUCAUCUAA